UCCUAGUUUGAAUUUUGCACUAAAUAGUAAAUACGGAGUCACUAAUCAAAAAUAAUUGAAAAAUAUUAUUAAUUGAACUAUUCAAUACUGAUUUAAAGUAGACACCAUGAGCAGUCAGAAAGGAAAUGCGACACGCAUUCGGCCACAAAAACAUCAAAAUCGGUUUGCGUUUAAAAAUAACCUCCAUGACACAAAUGUACGUACCAAACGUAUGAAUUCCAUUCAAAUUCACAGCGUUUGCCCUCGAUGUAAAGACAUAUUGGAAUGGAAGAUAAAGUAUAAAAAAUAUAAGAUGUUAAAAGCAGCCAAAAACUGCAACAAAUGUCAUAAUAAGACUGUCAAAGAAGCUUACCACACAAUGUGCCAUCAGUGUUCAAGCACCUUAGAAUUAUGUCCCAAGUGUGCGGUACCAAGGAUCGAAUGGGCUAAAGAUAAUCAGAAAACAUCUGAGAACGGAGGUGACGACAAAAAUGAGUUAGAAAAUAGUGAUGAUGAAAACGAUGAUUCAGGAAGUGAUGUCUGCAGUAAUCCGUCCCCUAGUUGACCUGUCUAUAUUAUAGAUGAUAUACCUAACUCAUUUCCAUUACUGUUUCAUUAUGUAUAUUGGUUUGAUUAAAACUUACUCGGAAAUAAAGUAUUUAUUAUUA